AAUCAGUCAAGUAAAGAUGAUGGGCCUUGUGCAAGUCCAAUCAAGUUGUUUUUCCUUGUACUGGAAGCAUGAAGGACUUACAGAUGAAUUCAACCUGAGAACCUGAGAGAAACAGAUCUGGGUCCAAAAUGGCAACACUAAACAACACCGGACCAACCAAUGACAGUGACCAGUAUCAAUGUGUUUUAAAAGAGAACUUCAAGUACAUUCUCCUCCCAGUCAGCUACAGUCUUGUGUUUGUGGUAGGCCUGGCAUUGAACUUCACUGCCAUGUACGUUAUUCUGUUUCAAACCAAACGCUGGAAGCCCAUCACCAUCUACAUGAUCAACCUCAACGUUUGUGACACCCUUUACAUCCUUACCCUUCCGUUCCUCAUCUACUACUAUGCUGAUGAGAACGACUGGCCGUUCAGCGAGCCGAUGUGCAAGCUGAUUCGCUUUUUGUUCUACACAAACCUCUACGGAAGCAUCCUCUUCCUCAGCUGCAUCAGUCUGCACCGUUUCUUGGGCAUCUGCCACCCGGUGCGCUCUUUGCCCUGGAUGGAUGCGCGUCGUGCUUGUUGGAUCUCGGUGGGCAUAUGGGCAACAAUGCUCUUAUUCCAGGCACCAAUCCUCCACUUCUCCAGAAUGAAUGAAAAUGGUAAUAUGCGGGUGUGCUAUGACACGACCAGCAAGGAGCUCUUCAACGACUUCCUAGUUUACAGCUCGGUGGUUAUGGUUCUUUUCUUUGUCCUACCAUUUGGGGUGGUGCUGGUCUGCAACGUGUUGAUGGUACGGAAACUUCAGGAACUCACUGUUGGUGGAGGCCCCAUGUCACAGCACUUCAAGCAGAAGUCGGUGAAGAUGAUCAUAAUUGUGCUCUUAGCCUUCAUGUUAUGUUUUCUUCCCUUUCACUUGAACCGCAGUAUAUACUAUACCUUCCGCUACAUGGACAAGAAGGUGAGCUGCAAGAUGCUAGAGCAUGCUAGCAUGGCCUACAAGGUCACGCGACCUCUGGCCAGCGCCAAUAGCUGCAUCGACCCCAUCCUGUACUUCAUGGCAGGGCAGAGUUUCAGAAGCAGUAUUAGCAAAAAGCCAAAAACAAGCCAAAGGGGUAAAAAUAUAAAAUCUCCAGCAACCUCAAUACGUACUAGAGCAAAGGAUGCUAAUGGAGAAAAUCUCUGAUUAAAACUAUUUGUGAAAGGGGAAGCUGUGACGGGCAACUCAUAAUGGACGGCAACUGUCAACACUGCAACAAUUACAACAGUCCAUUGGAGACUCCUGGACAAAAAUGACUAAAAUCCCCCCAAAAUGUGUUGUUAUAUAAAUAGAAAGACCUUGUGACCCUCAAAGGGAUAGAUCACCCCAAACCGAAAAUUCUCUCAUGAUUUAUUCACCCUCAUGCCAUUCCAGAAGUGCAUGACUUUGGUUCUUCUGCAGAUCAAAAAGUAUGAUUUUUUGAAAGAUAUCUCAGCUCUGUAUGUCCAUUGGAACUAGUUUCACAUUAUUAACACCCACAGUCCGUUCUUAUUCACCAUGUCUGACCGUCUGAUGCAUCCUUAACACAAAACUGGGAAGGACCCGGUGAAAAUGGCCGGUUCCUAUCUGAUUGGCAAGCUUAAUCCAUAGGUUGGGUUGUGCCAGUCCACCUGGAAAGAAGUUUUGUUUGCAAGGCACCAGAUGACCGUCUCAAUUUGUGGAAAUGUGCAGUAAUGUAUCUCACAUUGUAAUGUGUUUGACUUGACUUUCCCAUUCCAGUUUGAUGAAUAUACAGUGGUCAAAGUUUAGCUGAUUAGCAUGAUACAGUUAUCCCCUUUUUGUAUGCCAUAACUACACCAUUCUGCAGUCAAAAAACAUCUUACAAUAGAAGACGGUGCAAAAAAGAUGGGAAGUGUUCAGUGUUCAGCAUAAUCACAUUGUUUGAGUUUUGCAGCAGUCUAAGUGACACGCCAUAGGCUGAGGACCAGGCCAAUGAGAGACGGCUGAAAUAUGAAGACAUGAGUCGUACAACCCACACUGGAGAACUGCAGCAUGAAUUAGGAAUAAACAAGCAGAGCAGGACCAUACAGGUAUACAGAGCAGGCACAAUUGUUGCAAACCUGAAGGUGUCUACUGAACACGUAUGUGAGCUACUUUGAGUUUGUAUUUUUUGCAUAUUUAUGAUUAUCAAGAUUUCUCAAUGAUUUUGUUACACUAGUUUGGGGAAAAUUGAUUAAAUACUGUGUUACCAGAGAGACCAGGACUAGUUGUCACAUCAGGAGGCUGUCACAAGGGCUAUAACUCAUUAACUAUCAUUUUAAAUAAGUUUUGAGUCAAAGUCAAAUUGUACAAAUGCUUGUUUAUCUACAACUAUUUUGAAAAUGUCUUAAAUUAUAAUACAUUUUUGGAAUGAUAUCCUCCAAAAAUAAAAUUCCAAUAUCAUCAUGUUUUUUUGAAAUUGUUGUGUAAAUAAGUGAACGCAAUAAGAAAUGAGGAUAUAUUGCAACCUGAAGACUAAACUAUGUUCUCAGGACUUAUCAGGCGGGGGCAGGUUGCAUCUUGUGUUUUAAAUGUUGUAAAUUGUAUUAUUUACUAUACCUAUUGGUCAAAAUAAUUAUAUAUAUUUGUUUGUUAUCUUUUACCUUUUUGCCGUUUCAUUCACUGUUUUGUGCCUCAUAAUUGUUUUACUGUUUAUGUUUAGCUGAAAAGUCUGAAUAUUCUUAUUAAAUAUUAAUAUCCAAUUGUGACAACUUACACCAUAGUGUGACAGCAUGCCCUUCUGUUGGUUUGUGUUUACAGAGGAAUUGACUCUACCAUGAGUAACAUCAGCUGGCUUUAAAAGUGAUAAUGGUUGACCUAAUACACAUUAGAUGGCGUAAAUAGGAGUGAUGUUAGGGUGUGUGAUAACCAGAUCUUCUAUUUAGUGCCACUUUAAAAGCUCACUUAUCCAUCCCGAUUUGAGUAGAAACAUUUGGGAAUUUCUUUGACGCCAUGUUGAGAACAUUGUUGCAGGAUAUAUUUGUAUGCUGUUGUCAGGAAAUCGUAUUCUUGAUAAUAAUUUGUUUAAUUGUUUUCCUGUAAAAAUAUCUAAAUAAUCCUUAAAACAAGAACAAUAUGAUUUAUCUUGUAUUAAAAACGACACUGCAUAAGAUAUUUAGGUUUUUCAGAGAAUGUAUUUUUAACAUGUGUAUUUUGUCUUACUGUACUGGCAGAGUUUUAUAGUCAAAUCAAGUGAAAAAUCUACCAGUGCUGAAGAAGUAAUCCAAAGUAUUUAGAAUACGUUACUGACCUUGAGUAAUCUAACAGAAUAUGUUACAAAUUACAUUUUACAUCAUGUAUUCUGUAAUCUGUAGUGGAAUACAUUUCAAAAGUAACCCUCCCAUCCCUGGCUGUUGUUGCACAAUGCUAUUAAUUUGUGGGUUAUUAAACAUACAGUGUACCAGUUCUUAAAUUUGUGAGAUGUGAUUAAGUAUUCUGUUUGAAAAGCAGUGACAUCAUGUCCAAGAUG